CAACUAUUUCUAUUUCCAUUUCAAUUCUAUGCAUACAUACGUCAACCUGCAAAAACCCUAGUGAUAGUAAUUACAAAAUCCAAAUGGCUAGGGAUAGUUGCCUGACUCGUGUCACCGCCGGCGUCGCUAUUGGAGGUGCUGUGGGUGGCGCUGUAGGUGCUGUGUAUGGGACAUAUGAAGCAAUCAGGUAUAAGGUGCCAGGACUUUUGAAGAUCAGGUAUAUUGGACAAACAACAUUAGGCAGUGCUGCCAUAUUUGGUCUUUUCUUGGGUGCUGGGAGCUUGAUACAUUGUGGGAAAUCAUAUUAAGCAACAUUUGGCAUCAGCCAAAUUAAUUCUCUCUUUACAGGGUUCUUCUGUGCUUCACUUGGCCCUGAACAGCUUGGAUAGACCUUGUCAUCCAUGCCUAGUCGUUUCUUGGAAAGCUAAAUUUCAUAUUUUCUUAGUUUUAUGAUCAUCGAAACAGCUGAAUGACAAUUAGCCUUCUUGCUUGUUCAUUCUACUGCUAUUCUCGUUCUGACUGCUAUCCAGGACCUUGAUUUGAUCAUAAGCUCAAUUUUCUACUUGGAACAA